AUGAAGAUGAAAAGCAUGGAUGCAAACUUAGAACCCAUGACUCAGGGUUCCUUGAAAGGAGAAUUUGGAGCGUUGUUGGCCCUUUGCAAACUUCAAUGCCCCAUCCGUGACUGUGGCUCAGUUCAAUCCCCAUCGAAUUGUGAAGAGAAAAAGGCUGCCGAUUCGAUAUUACGAGAACAGGUGUUGUAUGAGCAUGCAAAAAAGCCAACCUUUGUGAAUCCUGAUGUUUCUUGUAUUUUCGACAUAGAUAGAGUCCGAAUAACUAAGGGUGAAUAA